CUUUGCAUUGCAGGAUAAAUUAUCUUUAUUUCUUCUGCAAAGCAAAAAAAAAAAAAUCCCUGAUCCCAUACAGUAGUACAAUGUUACUAUGGUAACGUACUAUUCUGAUAAAAGUAUUAAAAUAAUAAAAAAUAAUAAUAAUAAAAAACAGAGACUGCAGACACAGUACAGGGAUGACCAGAGACUGCGGACACAGUACAGGGAUGACCAGAGACUGCGGACACAGUACAGGAGAUGACCAGAGACUGCGGACACAGUACAGGAGAUGACCAGAGACUGCAGACACAGUACAGGAGAUGACCAGAGACUGCGGACAGUACAGGGGAUGACCAGAGACUGCGG